AUGAACAUCUCGGAGCUGCUCACCUCCGAUGCGGGCCCAGCCGACUCGAGUCAGCACCACCACUUCAUUUCCAACCCGCACCAUAGAGACAUCCCGACAGAGAUCCUGCAGAGUAACUUAGAUACUUCUCAUACAUCUGUCGCGAAUGGUGCACGGCAAGAGCAAUCCAAUUUGGAUGACGUUUUGGUAACCCAAGAAUCUCGACCUUUGAAUAAUGGUGCUGCUGGGCGGAGAUCCUUAAGGGCCAAGUCGGAUUCCCCACCGGCUCCCUCUCCGCAAACUGUACGUCCGCUGUCUCCAAAAUAUGGCUUUCAGAUACGGUUUACUAUUGCCGACGAAGACACUGGGGGAAACAACUCAACGUUGCCAGAUACUAGCCAUGCCGAACCUGAAAUUCCUGGCUCCAUCCACAAAGGAGAAGUUCACCUUGAACACCGUCAGCCUCCUGCUGCUGCAUCCAAUCGCGGCAAGUUCCCACAUCAGAUCCGCAGUGCUUCUCCAAAACGCAGGAAAUCCACCGAUACAAGUCCUAUUAAGGUGGAAAUGUGUGCGAAUUCCGAACUACCCGAGGACGAUGUGGAUUUGGUGAGCGGUGCCACACAAGAGGCGGUUAGAGACGGCACAACAACUUUGCGGCGAAAUUCAAAGACAAUACGACCAAGAAAGAGUAUGCACGGGGAUGCCUUCAACAAGACCUGCUAUUGUGGAGGAAAGACUCGGGAAGAAAAGGAAAGACCAAUGUUUCAGUGCGGCAAUUGUGGAAAGUACUUUCACCAGUCCUGUAUCCAGCUGAUUCAACAGUGGAAGCCUGAAUUCAAGCCGCUUCUCGGGGAUGACUUUUACUUUUACCGCUGUAAGCGAUGUUCACAUGGGCGAGAAACAAUGAAACGACUACCGAUGACUUGGGUGGAUGUCAUUCAUGUCACUCUAUUCCAUCUUUCUGCAACCGAACCCCCACGGAAAGUCUCACAGGACAAGCUCAAAUAUUAUGGGUGGAAGACAGAUAUCUGCGCAUUCAUUGAUAGGAAUUGGAGCAAAUUUUGGCUCAAGAGCCGAACAGCGACUUGGGAGAAUACGGUCGCUAGUUGCUUGUCGACACAGAAGAGGUUCCUGCCAGGAACCAAACAUUUUGGUCAUGACCAAGGACUGUGGGCCUUAGAGUCGAUGGCGCUACCAUCUUCCUAUGAGCACUCAAAACGCGGGAGGGAGGCAGAGUACGACAUCGGGUUGGAUGGGGCAUUACAGGAACACGAACGGGUGAAACCCAAACGGAAGCGAUUAGAUCUUGAAUCGGACACCGACUCUGUAGUUAGCGGCACCACAAAAGUGAAAAAGUCACGAAAUACGGGACGAAGUGUAUCUGUGGGAACUCAGGACGGUGCCAACAGGCCACGGCAGAAGAGGCGGCCCAAAAAGAAGAGAAUGGAAGAAGAGUACAUUGAUCCAGCUACUGCGAUUGAGCUGUAUCCCGAUGUCGACAACCCACGAGCUCCAGUACAAAUGAGCAAUGAUACGACACAUAGAGCCCCACAGAUGACAGUAACUGAUGGAGGAUAUACUGUCUACACGGAUAAAGGUUAUCGGAUGGCUAAGGCUACUCAUGGUGUAUGGGAAGGUAGCUGGUACUACGAAGUACUGAUUAACGAACACCAAGGACAUACCAGAAUUGGCUGGUCCCAGAUCAGUGGCGAUCUCCAGGCACCAUGUGGAUAUGAUCGAUUCAGUUAUGCGUAUCGAGAUAAUCCUGGAACGCUGUUCCACGUUGCAAAGGCUAUAGCAGAUGCACCUGAAGGGUACGCCGCUGGUUACGGCCCGGGCGACGUCAUUGGCAUGUCGAUACAUCUUCCUCCGUGUGAAUCAAUGGAUGAUUUACUUCGAAGGCUUUGGACUCGCGAAAGUCAAUACCUACCAUUCCGAAGCAAGCCUUUGACGGUAGCGGAAGGAAGCGAGAUUAUCUAUUACAAAAACGGGGAGUGUCUUGGCGUUGCCUUUCGGGAUCUGUAUCGUGGGAAGUACCAUCCUGCUAUAUCAUCGUACAAGGGCGGAAGUGUUACGUUGAACUUUGGCCCAAACUUUCGAUACCCACCACCUCCCGGAGUGAGACCGUUCUGUGAAGCUGAUAGCCUACCAUUAUGGGAUACUAGCCAAGCAGAAUUAGAUGAAGAGGGACGCGGCGACAGUAUUGAACUUGACGUCAAGGGCGAGAUGGAGAUUGAUACUCCAGGCAAUCUUUCUAGUUUGGACGGCGAGGGGGAGGAAGAUGAGGGGCCAUUUGCUCCAAAUUCUUACGAAGUUGGUGAAGUGGAAAGGAAGGUAUUUAUUCCGGAUUCAAAUGGGAAUGGGGAUGGACGCAUUGUUACUAUGGAUGCGGACGAAGUGUCGGGGAUCGAAGCCUUGCUAAGUCUUGGGGGAAUGUUUGGCGGGACAUCCGGAGAUUCACCAAAGACUGCAAAUGGAUAUGAUAACUUAUCUUCGACGCGAGGAAAUGAGGACAUGCAACACAGGAGAAUGGCAGAGAGCGAAGCCAGGCAACAUGAUGCGCUGUCCGUUGAUAUUGAAGCCAAAGAAGCGGAGGUGGUUGAGUUAAUACGACGGAGUUCUGGUGUAGAGGCAUCGACUAUACCCCCCAUUUCUCCAUCUUGCAAUGGCAGUGGAGGUGUUGCAAUGGAAAUUGAAGCAAAGGAAGCAGAGGUAAAGGAAAUGAUUCGGAGGAGCUCUUUGGGAGAGAAUACUAUCCAGGCAAAGAAUGAAGGCUUUGAUCCGAUGGAUGUCAACGUUCAGGACGUUGGCGUGUCCGAAUCUAUUUCACGCCUGAAGGAGAAAGAGAUGGAUGGACACGGAUCGACCAGUUUGGUAGUAGAAUCAGGGCCUGGCACCCAUUCAAACCCUUUGCACGUGGAAGAUCCACCAGCGGCCUCCCCUCCGGCACUGGUGACAAAAGCGGAUGAUGACGAGCCUGUAAAUAGUAAUGAUGGCGGGAAUGUACAUAUGAACAUUGGAAAUGAUGAGAAUGUGAAAGAAUGA